AUGUCCUUCUCAGAGAAUUUAGACGUGACCAUAGAUUCCACAGUCCUGAAAGCAGUUGAACUAGGAACGAGACUUUUUAAAUCUGGGGAGUACCUGCAAGCAAAAAGAAUCUUCACCAAUGCUUUAAGAGUUUGUGAUUCUUAUUCUCAGGAACAAAUCGUGCGGAUUAGAAACGCGUAUCAAUUAGACACAGCGGGACCAGAUGCUAAGCGAUUAUAUCACCCCAAAUACAUAAAGAUAUUAGACAAUAUAUGCGCAUGCUACGAAAAAUUAGACGAUUUGAAAUCUUGUUUAAAAAUAUCACGAAGAUCACUUAAGUUGGAUCCUGAUAACGUUAAAUGUUACAUACGAUGUACAAGAACGUUGAUAAAGUUAAAAGAUUGGAAGAGAGCCUAUAAAGUGUGUUCCAGUGGGCUGCAAUCAUGUGAUAAUGCAAAUUCCCUCUUGAGACAACAAAAACAAUUCAUUAUGGAGAGUGAGGCCAACAAAAAAGAUGGAGGAAGAGUAAAAGGCGACAACAGAACGUACAUAGACCCAUUAGAAGAUGAUACAAAAGUGUCUAAAAGACCGAAAAAAAGUAACGGCAUCGUAGAACUGUUGCAACCAAAGAAGAGGUUUAAAAAGGAUAGAAGAAGGAUUGAUUUAUUUGGUGACUUACCAAUAGAGAUAUUGCCUAUUAUACUCCAAAGCUUCACCAGUAAAGAACUCAUUACAUUGACGUUAGUUUGUAACAAAUGGAGAGACAAUAUUUUCUAUCAUCUGAACUGUUUCCGAGAAUUUAACUUUAGAUCAAUUAGUUUCAGGAAUUUUGUAAAAUUUAUGGAUUUCCUGCGACAAAAUUUUACCAGAACGUACAGAAAGUACAGUCUUUCACAAUUGAAAAUUAGCUCUAAAAUUACUUCAGAGGAAUUGAGAAUGGCUCAAUUGUUAUUCAGUAAAAUGCCGAAAUGUUUAAGUUUUGAACGCCUUAUACUAUCAAUGACAACGCUAACUACAACACAAUUUUACAAGUUAAUGAUCCGCCAAAACACGAAUUUUUUCUCUGAAUUAAUGGAGUUAUCUCUCAUGAUAACUUAUAGACCUGAUAAACAGCAUGAAUUGGAAAUACUACAUAGCUGCCCCCAAUUGAGGAAAAUAGAGUUGAUUUUUGUAAAUUCAAUGAUGUCCAUUGCUAAUCGAACUAAUAGCAUUGGGAGCGGUAGCAGUUUCGAUUCCAUGAUUGGCAGUGCCAAUACACAAGUAUCAUCCGAGAAUCAGGGUGAGUCAGAAAGUUUGGAAGAGAAACUAAUUAAUAAUUCUCUAGAGAAAAUAACAUUGAUAUGUGACAAGAAGAAAAUCAAAAAUUUUCCACUUUGUCAUGCUCUAUUAAGGGAUCAAUUUCCUCGAUUAAAGAAACUGACAAUAACGGGCGUAACAUUUCCUACCAAUAACCAAGAAUUACUUAACUUUGAAUGGUUAUUAAACUUUCCAUAUUUAGGAGAAUUAUGGAUAGAAGAUAACGAUAACUGUGAACUUCGUAAAUUUUUGCUGUUGUUGAAGAAUUUACACGUUUGGACGAACCUGAAAAAAUUGACCUUCAGAGAGAACAAACUGUAUCCAGUUAUUGAUUUAGAUAAUAAUUUGCUCGCUGUUGAAGAUGACGAGAUAGAAGAUAGAUUAUAUUAUAGAGAGAAUCUUCAAAAUUUGGAGACGUUAGAUCUGAUGGGGACGUCAAUAAGUGGCGCCGCUCUGACCAUAUUAUGUGAACAGAAGUAUUUGGAUGGUGAGAAACUAAAGAGUUUGAAUAUUGGGAAUUGUCCCAACAUUCAAUUCUCAAAUCAUCAUGCCAAUGCAAGAAGGAUGGUAUUGGAUGUGAAUUUGGUUUUGAAAAGUCUUUUCAAGUUAGAAGAGAUCAAUUUAUCUCAUUUGAGUACGUUAAAUGACAACACAAUGAAAUCUCUCAUAAUUAACGUACCAUUUUUGGAAAAUUUACAAAAACUUGAUAUUUCACACAACUUUGAGAUCACAGGGAUAUCGAUUUACGAAUUUCUGAAGAAGUUUCAGAUGGAUCACGAAACCGAAACAGGAAGCCAGUCAUUGACUUACUUAAACAUUGACGGGUGUUCGCAAGUGUCGCAUAUCACGGUCAAUAUGAUCCGGGCUCAGAAUCUGGUCAAUCGAGUGGAUUGUGUCUACGAAAGAGAUGUAUGGAAAAAAUUCGGAGUCAAUUCAUAUGCUUAUUCAUAA